UCAUACCAAGCUAUCCUUCCAAAAGAGAGUGACCAAUGGCUCCGACAUUCGUCUUCAUGCUUGUGCUAAUCAUCAGCAAUACAUGCAAUCUGACGAGGGCUGCAACCUUCACAAAUUGGACCUCCAUUCUCGUCUUUGGUGACUCCACGGUUGAUACUGGGAAUAACAAUUUUAUUAAUACGUUUUUCAAAGGAAACAAUCUUCCAUAUGGCCAAAAUUUUCCCGGUCACAUCCCCACCGGGAGGUUAUCAAAUGGAAAACUCAUUCCAGACUUUUUUGCCAGCUUUCUAGGCAUAAAACAGGCCGUCCCUCCUUUUCUAGAUCCAAAUCUCUCAGACAAUGACCUUCGUACUGGUGUCACUUUUGCAUCAGCCGGGUCCGGAUACGACGAUCUUACCAGUGUUGCAACAGGAGUCAUCCCAGUGUCCAAGCAACUUGAUCUCUUCGAGAGUUAUAAAGCAAAGCUUGGUGGCAUUGUUGGUGAAACAGAAGCUGAAAACAUCAUUAAAAAUUCUUUGGUAGUUAUCAGUGCAGGAACUAACGACUUCGGUUUCAAUUACUACAUCUUGCCACACCGGAGAAGGCAGUUUGACAUUAAGGGCUAUCAAGAUUUUCUGCAAACAGCAAUACAAGACUAUGUCAAGGCACUAUACAAUCAGGGCUGUCGCAGGAUAGCUGUAGCAGGGCUUCCUCCAAUGGGUUGUCUUCCACUUCUAAUUACAGCAAGACCAAAAUUCCCCUUCGACCGAACGUGCUUGGAGGAUGAGAACGCAGACGCAGUGUCUUACAAUCAAAAGCUUGUGAAAUUGUUGCCUCGGCUCCAGGCGUCUCUUCCAGGGAGCAGAAUUGUGUAUGCUGAUGUCUAUACACCAUUGAUCGACAUGGUCAACAAUGCACAAAAAUAUGGUUUCACAGUCACAAACAGAGGAUGCUGCGGGACUGGAAUACUGGAAGCCUCGUUCUUGUGUAAUCCAAAGACUCCUGCAUGCACAACGCCUUCGCAGUUCUUAUUUUGGGAUAGCAUUCAUCCAACCGAAGCAGCUUACAAAGCCCUGGCUGACGUACUGAAAAAGCUUAUAACAUGUUUUAGCUGAAAAUAUAUUUAUAUUGCUUUUUCAGCUUCAAAUAAGAAGAAGUUGCGCAUUAAUGAAUAAAAUGGUCAAGCUUAAUUUGGGACAAGAACCCUCUUCAAGUUUGUAUGAUCACAAACCAUGUGUUCUUUUACUUGCAACAAUGCAAGUUUGUGUCAUAAUCUUCAUAAUAAUAAAGAAAUGGUACUAUGGUGUCGAUAGUGAGCCUAUGUUUUCAGUA